GUGAGGAAACCACGCAGUGUGAUCACUUAUAAAGUCACUGGGGCUGAAAAGAACACUGUGUAUAGCUUACUUCAAAUCUUUUAUUUAUUUAUUUUAUUAUCUUUUAUUUUAUUUUUUAACCAUGGACAUUUUGGAGAAGCAGCUGGUUUGUCCAAUUUGCCUGGAAAUCUUUACUAAACCUGUUGUGAUUUUGCCAUGUCAACACAACCUCUGCCGGAAAUGUGCAAAUGACAUAUUUCAGGCAUCAAAUCCAUACCUUCCCACCAGAGGAGGGUCAGUGACAUCAGGAGGCCGUUUCAGAUGCCCGUCCUGCAGACACGAGGUUGUUCUGGACCGUCAUGGGGUUUAUGGAUUGCAGAGGAAUCUUUUGGUGGAAAACAUCAUUGAUAUGUACAAACAAGAGUCCACCAGCAGCAGACCCGCUCCAGAGAGUACAGAUGACCAGGCCAUGUGUGAGGUGCAUGAAGAUGAGAAGAUCAACAUCUACUGCGUGACCUGCAGCAUCCCCACCUGCUCCAUGUGCAAGGUGUUUGGCUCUCACAAGGACUGUGAAGUGGCACCUCUGAAAAGUGUAUAUCAAGUUCAAAAGACAGAGUUGACAGACAGCUUAGCAAUGAUAAUGGGCAACAACGACAGGAUCCAAGGCAUCAUUAGUCAGUUGGAGGAGACCUGCAGGGCUAUAGAGGAGAAUGCCAGGAGACAAAAGUCACAGCUAUGUGAGAAGUUUGACAAUCUUUACACCAUCAUGGAGGACAGAAAGAGAGAGAUGAGUCUCAAAGUGUCAACCGAGCAGGAGGAGAAGAUGAACUACAUCCGUGGACUCAAGAGGAAGUACGAAGAUCACCUGGAGAACAUGACCAAGCUUGUGGAGUCAGGGAUCCAAACGAUGGAGGAACCAGAGAUGGCUGUUUUCUUACAGACUUCAAAACCUUUGCUACAACAGAUGGGUGAAUCCACAAAUACCUCCCACUUGGAAAAAGUGGAACGUGGAUAUGUGAACAUGGACCAUUACACCGUUAACUUUAAGAAAGAACGUGGAGCUCUAAAUGCUCUGAGGUUUAUCACAGAUGAGGACGAGGAAGAGGAAGAUGGAGAUGUAGCUGACGCAGAGAAGGAUGUCCACAAAGAACAGGCUAAUUUUGGAGGAGCAAAUUCGGGGUUUCUGAUCAGCCAACCUGUUCCUCUUCCUCUGCCUACAAAUCCAGUCAGAAACACCAGCUCAUAGCUCUACGAGUUGAGAAGUUAUCUCAGUUUACAGAGCUGUUUUUAUAAAAUUGACAAAAGAUAAAUUGAUAAUUAGGAGAUUUAAAUUCACGUACAAUUAACCUUUAAUACAGACACACCCAUCAAAGGCAUGACUUGGUGUCUAUAUGUGUAAAUGUUCAAGCACCAAUUCUCUAACGCUCUAUGGAUAGUGAUGAAGUAUGCAGAAGUAACAACCUCUACGGCCGAAUCAUUUAUAGUGUUUGACAUCUUGCUACAGACUAAACAUUAAUAAAAACACAAAAUAACACAAAAUAAAAGAAAAUUCACAGAAUGGGAAAGGACCUGGGAUGAGAAAAGGCAUACAUUACCGCAAGGCCAAUUUUAUUUUGGUGCUCUUGACCAGUGAAUUUUUUGUUUCCUUUGAUUUUUUAAUGAAAAAAAGCUACAAAUAAGUGUUAAUGGUUUGAGAAUGCUCUAGGAAAAAAAAAAUUUUCUUGAUAUUUUUAUUAAAGUCGACAUCAUCAGACUGUUUAUUUGAUGAGUGGCACACGCUCCCCUUAACAUGUGCUUGGUCUCAUUUUAAAUGUCACUGAUGUAGAAGAUAACAUGUUUGGGUAAUUCAUGUUAAUUACUCCAUAAUUAUCUCUCUGUGCACUCUAAGGAUGUGUUAAGCACACUUUUAUUCUCGUCAUGUAACCACACGUAGUUCUAUUCAUUUCUCUACAAGUUGGUGUCUUUAUUUUCCUUAAAAAAAAUCUGUCUCUGAUGUGGGUUAACUUUAAGGAAGUGGUAGAUGAAUGAGCUAAAGUAAUCAUGCUGUUGCAUAAUCUAUCCAUUAUGAAAUAGGUGAAAUGAGGGAACGGGGUUUCUGUCGUUUUUAACGCUGAUUGUAAUGAGGUCCAGAGAUCUCUUAGAAAAACCCUGCCUGCAUGGUCUGAUGUUUGUUAGCACUACUCACCAUUGUCGAUCCUGGUAUGAACACAAUGUUUAAGUGAUGUGAUGUGCUUUAUCCUGGUUUGUUUAACUGGAUUGGAAAGAACUCAUGCAAAAUACAAUCCAGUGCUUGUCUUGAGAAAAAGUCUUCAUUUGCUGCACACAGCGAAAUAAAUCACACCGGAUUAUUUGAUUGUAUUCAGGAAGCACAGCAAGAACAUAUAGUAAUUACAACAACCUUUAUUCAGUAGUCAUGAAGAAUUCAGCAAAUUGAAGGAAUUUUGGUUCUAUUCUCCACUGCGAUAGCUCUGUCAGGAACAGAAUGUCCUGAAAUGACAGAUUAUAAUGUGAAUCGUUGUUACAGAGAUCCAGAUGUGAUUUAUCAGGAAUGAAAUUCACUGCAUUGUGUAGGACAAUUCUAUUUUUCCCUCAAAGAAAGAAAGAUUUUCUUUCUCCUGUAUGCUCAGAGGAUUUACCUGUAAUUUGGAUGUGAGGUCUUAAAAUGCAUGCAGUUAAGGUAUGAUUAUCUUUAAUAUAAGUGUCAAAUAAGUAGCCUAUUUAUAUGCAAGCAUUUCUAUUUAUUGGUCAAUUUAUUGAUGGCUUACUUUCAGAUGAAAGGAUAAAAGCAUAAAAUGAUGUGGGUUGUGUAUCUGCUUAUCUGUCUGAUGUGUCAAGUUUGUGUUCACACACUCAGGACUGAGUCACGUUGUUUUGCUCUUUCCAUCGAUGUAAUAUCUUGGCCAUGAAAAUAUUUAAUAAUAUUUCAGUAUUAUGAAGAUACAAGAGUGUAUGAAGCCCUAGGAAGAAUGAGCUGGGGUAUUUUUUUUUUUUUGCAAUUGUAUUAACAUUUAUUAGCAACUAUGGUCAUACAUCAAAAAUCUAGACAAGAAGUGAAAAAAUGUCUUUUAAUGUUUUAUUGAAAAAUAUAAAAAUAAGAACAUUCUCUUGCACAACAGAAAAUUACUGUUUGCUCAUUAGUUUAUUAACAAACUUACAGUGUAUUUUAUAAGGUACAAUGAAACUGGAUAUCUGCCCAGAUAAAAUCAAUUUCUC